AUGAUUACGUACCGGAUUAAAAAUCCAAAUCACCAAUUUUGUCGGAUAUUCAUCAUUUUAAGAGCAAACGUAAAUAUCAUUUAUACGGUUAUUUUGUUUUUACCAUUCUGCUCCAUAACAAUUCUGCUCCAUAGAAACCACAGCAAACGUAUUCUUCUUCAUUCUUUGUUAUUCUGCAACGCUUCAAGAAUUAAAUAUCAGAAAAUGGAAAUAGGAAAUAAGGUUUACCUAAAUAACAUUGACCAGAUAGAUGAAAAAUCGCAUAUCAAGGUUUGGGUGCUUAAAAUUUGGAACUUUGUCAGAAAUAAUAAAGUUUGUUCCAUUGAAAUGAUCAUCAUGGAUGAGGAGGGUACACAAUACCAAGCUCGUAUCUUCAAUCAGAAUUUCUCCAGAUUUCGUCAUCUUUUAAAGGAAGAUGAAAGUUAUAUAGUUAUAAAACCCAAUAUGGCUGCUGUUACUAAUGGUUUUAGUUAUACAGGUCAUAAACAGACCUUAACUUUGGAUUGGAAAAGCAUCCUAAAAAAAUGUGAUGAUUUCUCGGGUCCGGUCAAUGGAUUUAUGUUUGUUGACUUUAAUUCUAUCAUAGAACAAACAUGCCCAAAAGACACAUUCUUUGGUUAGUCAUAUUUUAUGAGUUGUUUGUCUCACCAAAUGCGAAAUUAAUAUUAACCA